UCAAAGUACAUAGUUACGUUCCACCACCACUUUGACAAAAAGUAUUUAGCUAAGCGCUGAGAAUUUGUUGGACCCCUUCAUCUCUCUCUCACACACAGCAGACCAACGCCGCCAUCUUGUGGGUCCACUCGUGUAGUACGUUUAAGGAAAACAAUAGCCGUGCAGUAGCUACGGAAGGAAAUUAACCUCCUUUAAACUGGACACGUUAAACAGGUGGCAAAACGGAUCUGGUAGAAUAAUAUCACCGGUUGAACAUUUUUAACGUUUUUACUAUCUGUUUUUCUGCAACCGCUGGGUUCCGACCAUAGACUACGACCGAGAAGAUGUGUCCGAGAUGAAUUGUUUAUAUGCAGCCUUCAGGAAGCAUAACGUUACUGUGCACUGCAGCGAGAGCGCAUAUAGCCCACCUAACGUUAGACUUCCUAAUAAUAACCAAUAAUAAUAAUAACCAACGAUAUCGGUUUGCUCAAACCCAACAUGUUGGUCUGAGUGAGGGUUGUUUUGCAUUUUGGCGCAGUCUGUCUCGAUACCGCUAGUGCGAACAAAAUGGAGGGUAAUAAGUUGCUGUUAAGUUGCCCGAUGUAACGUUCUAUGGACCAGUGCAGUUUAGACUGUGUGAGUUAAUCAGCUGGUUUCGAAAUCUUUUUGUUGGACAGAGAGAAAGAGUAACGGACAGAUUAAGAAAUAACGUUACAGUAAAAUCACUCCACUAAGACGGCUUUACUUUCAAAAUAGAAGCGCAAUGGGUAACAAAACUGUAACGUUAUUGAUUAUGUGCACAGUAAAAACAAGAUUUAUUGUUAUGUGAAAUCUCUUACCUACAGAUACUAAAUAUAUAGAAUAGCCUAUUAAAAGAUAACACAAAAUGAGCGACUCUAGGGAUACAGCAAGCGUCCCCGGCUCAUCCAGCUUCAGCAGCGGGACCGGGCUGAGUUUAGCCGCGGGCAGAUCACUCCCAGGGCGGGUCAGGAGUGUGUCCUCCCCCACUCCUCCUGGAAGACUGACGUCCCUCAGAACCAGGGACCUGACACUGGGGGGUUUUCCUAAGAAAACUUUUGAGCCAAAUGUCCAUGCUGUGAGGAAAAGCAAAGAUGAGUUAAAGGAAGAGAUCCGUGUGACUCCAAAAAAGGAGAGAAGAGAGAGGGAUGAGAGGAGGAGAGAGAACAGAGGGAGGAGGAGAGAGAGGCCUCAGACUAUCCAGUCUCACUCCAUCUUUGAGCAGGGUCCUGCCGACACCGUACGCAAAACAGGCUUGCGUGGUGCUAUAGACCUGCAUGACUCCACCACCUCUCCUGUGUGUAAACUGGUGAAGAAAGAAAGGAAAGACUCGGAGGAGGAUGAAGAUGAGAUACUCCGUAAACUACAGAGAGAUGACUUCAUAGAUGAUCCCGGGCUGAGGAAUGAUGACAAGCUGAAACCCAUCCAGCUGCCUCUGUGUCAGUCCAGUAGCUUCAAUAAGAGUCGAACACUGCCAACCACCACAACAUGUGCAGAGAACCCUCCCCUGUUCAGACCUCCGUCUUGUAGGCCUCAGAGUAGAACAGGCCUCAGCAGAACAGAGGUGCCCAAAUCAGAGCCGCCAUCUUUGGUAGAACUGCUGCAGGAUAUCAGCCUGUCUGGCAGAGAGGAGCUCUUCUUCAUGCAGUUACCUGACAGUAUGCCGGGCAGAGCGUCUGGACAGAAGGUUGACCCGCCUCAAGGAUCUACAGCAGAGAAACCUACCAAGAAGGAAGGCAAGCCUGAAGACAAGAGGCCUUCACAUCUACAAGCACAAGAGGCUGCGGUGAAGGAGGGCUGCCCGGUACUUUCCCAACUCCCAGAAGGAUUUUUGGGUAAGCUGCAGAUCAGGAAGUCAGGAAAGGUGGAGCUGAAGCUGGGUCACAUUGUCCUGGAUGUCUCUGAGGGCACUGCGUUCUCCUUCCUGCAGCAACUGGUGUCUGUGCGUCUGUCUGAUGGCCGAACUGGAGACAUGAUGGUGUUAGGCAACGUCCACCACAAACUGGUCUUAUCUCCUGACUUCCAGGCUUUACUGAGACAAGCUUCACCGCAGCAGGGACAAGGACCCUGAUCAUCUCUCAGCCACUCACAGAAAGCCAACACAGACCUUUAUUUUCAUUUGUUUGAAUUGUGUGGGUUUUGUUACCCCACCAAGUGAUCACUGUGGAGGAAAUGACAGGUUUGUAUAUUCUCCAUACCUCUCCUCUGAGGUUUUAAGGCAGCUAUGUAGGUUACCCUCAGUAAUCGGUUUUCUUUGAUCAUUUUUAUGCUAUGGUUUAGUUUUGUAAAUUUUGAACAUCCUGUGAUAGCAAAACCAUCUGUCAAAAUCUGAAUGAUUCUGUUUUUUUUCUUUUCUCGGAUGUGAAGACACCGCCAGAGGAGACAUUUUUUUUUGGAAAGGAUACAAAUUGUGAUGUGGUAAAUACAACCUAGUGAUCCUCGAGGACUCCGUUGUAGAUGUUACCUGAGCACUGACUCCCCAUCUACAGAGGGGGGACUUCUGACAGAGAGUUCUACGUACAUCAGCAGAGCAGUCAACAUGGUUGUGAGCUUAGAGGCUUCACGCAGAGCUUUUUCCGUAGCCUACAUAAGUGGCCUGAAGUUUAUACUUGGGUUGGUGUGUGCGUCGAGCCGGCGUGUGUGUGUGGGGAGUGUGUGGUAGAGUGAGGGAGAAGUGAGAGAGUGACAGUUAUUAGCUUCGGAGUGAGUAGUGUCUCCGCUGUUCUUUCUGACCACGGUGGGAGAUCUGUAGCAGGAGAAGUUAACCCUCUCCUUGAUCUCAUGUUGUUGAUGGAGAAGGAGAACCAGGAAAUGAGUCGGGGGGGAAUGCAACGCUACCACACCACAGCUGAGCAACUUGCGUCGCCGCGGCGUGUUGUUAGAUUUUUUUGAGAGGUGCAGCGUGAUUUACUCUUCUGCGUCAAAUCUACAGUGUGGCUACGUACGCAGGUACGUGGAGACACGACCCUCGUCGGACCCAAUGUCGUAGAUUUGACACAGAAGAAUAAAUCAAGCUUAAGACAAAACAACAGAUGCUUUGAUAACUCCAUUUUCAUAUGUUUUAGUGAGAUAACUGCUUCUUUAUUAAUCCCUCUAGAGCGGUUUCUCACCAUGUGUGUAAUGUUUUGUGUGAUGGUGCAAAGCAAAUGUACCUUCUUAGACUGCUUAAAGGCAGGGUUGGUAAUGUUGAAAAGCUAGCAAGAUUUGAAAGUAGCAUCCCGUGUCCAUUUAUAUUUGGGCUCCCAUGGUAACCGGUUAGAGCUUACACGCUGCCUGCGUGACACAUGCGUCUCAGGUGCGGCUCGAGCUGCGCUGAAAACGCGCGCCUGCUAGAAAUAGGACCGACGCCUAUUUUUCAUGCGACACGCAAGCAUCUUGGAAGCGUUUCCAGGCAAC